AUGGCCUCUGAUUCAAAGGGGCUUGAGGAGGGCACAUCGCUUCCCGUCUACGAUGAUGCCAAAUCCAUGCCCGGAGAGAUGGAGGGGGUUGACGCGGAGACGCAUCGUGGUUUGAGGUCGCGCCAUAUUCAAUUCCUGGCCCUGGGUGGUUGCAUUGGUACAGGUCUUUUUGUCGGAAGUGGUCAGACUUUGUCGACUGUUGGCCCAGCACCUUUACUCAUGGGAUACAUUGCUAUGUCAACUGUGGUGUACUUUGUCAUGAACGUUCUGGGUGAAAUGACCACGUACCUUCCAGUACGUGGUGUUUCGGUGCCUUAUUUGAUCAAUCGCUUCACCGAGCCCAGUCUGGGCUUUGCUGUUGGAUAUAAUUAUUGGUAUUCCUUUUCCAUGCUACUAGCGUCUGAAGUCACGGCAGCAGGCUUGAUCGUUGAGUAUUGGCCAAGCAGUGUCAGCGUCGGUGUAUGGAUCGCAAUUGUACUCGUCGUAAUUCUAUUCCUCAAUAUUGUCGCUGUGUCGUGGUAUGGGGAAGCAGAGUUUUGGUUUGCUUCUCUGAAGAUUAUUGCCAUCAUUGGUCUGAUAAUUCUCGGCGUUGUUCUAUUCUUUGGCGGAGGGCCUAAUCAUGAUCGCCUCGGUUUCCGCUAUUGGCAGCACCCAGGUGCCUUCAAAGAGCCAUACCUCGUGUCGAACAUUAAUACCAGCCGCUUCCUUGCUUUCUGGACUGCGUUGAUCAAGUCGGGAUUUUCCUUCAUCUUUUCCCCCGAGCUAAUCACCACUGCGGCCGGAGAAGCCAUCGCCCCGCGCCGCAACAUCCCUAAGGCAACAAACCGGUUCAUCUACCGUCUGUUCGCAUUCUACGUUCUUGGGAGCUUGGUCAUCGGUGUUACUGUGGCGUACAAUGACAAGCAUCUUCUUCAGGGGGUUGCAAGCGGUGGCUCGGGUGCCGGAGCGAGUCCAUUUGUCAUUGGGAUUCAGAAUGCCGGGAUUAGCGGUCUAAACCAUGUCAUUAACGCUGCCAUCUUGAUCUCUGCCUGGUCAGCUGGCAACUCCUGGGUAUACGCUGGGUCUCGUACCCUCUAUUCGCUUGCCCGCGAGGGUCAAGCUCCCAAAUUCUUCACGCGCUGUACCAAGAACGGUGUGCCCUAUGCUGCGGUGCUGGUCACCUGGGCAAUUGGUCUUCUUUCUUUCCUAAACCUUUCGAGCUCCGGUGCCAAUGUGUUCUAUUGGUUUACCAAUAUUACGACCGUCGGAGGUUUCAUUUCAUGGGUCCUCGUGGGAGUUGCUUAUUUGCCGUGGGGUACGUACUAUUUUAUGUUGAUCGUCGGGGUGCUGGCUAUCACCAACGGAUACACGGUGUUCUUCCCCGGAGCUUUCACCGCAUCUGACUUUUUGGUGUCUUACAUCGUUUUUGCUAUCUUCUUUGCCCUUUACUUUGGCCACAAAAUCUGGUAUCGAACGCCGUGGAUGGUCCCGGCGGCCGAUAUUGACAUCUUCUCCGGGAAAGAAGAGAUUGAUCGGCUGUGUGAAUUCGACGAAGAAAGAGUGCCGCGUAACUGGCUCGAGCGCGUCUGGUGGUGGAUUGCCUAG